GCAGGGAGGGCCAAGCUCGUCAGAGAAAGCUGGCGUAAGAGCGCCGUUUAGGUGGGUUUGGCCGGGGUCUGGAAGCGAAAGAUGACGAUGAGCCGUGGAGCAGGUGCCCGCCCACCGGCUGGGCCCAUGGUUUGCGAUUUGCAUGGGAAGGAGGGAGUAGUGUAUCAAGUGUGUAGUUGAGCAUCCAGGACAGGAUUAACCUCCGGCCAACCACUGAACGGGAUUCAAAACCCUGAUGAUAAUAUGGUUCACUACUCAAAAGAGCCGAACAGAAUGGAGUUCAUUCUCGGUAGUCGUAACCCACCAUGACGAUUGCAAGAGGAAAUGUUCCUCUUCGUGAUGGAUCCAGCAUUUGUCCGACGUUCGCAGAGGGGGAGGAGCCAAAAGGGAAAGCACACCGCCAACCGGAAACGGGUCAGGACCAGGGUGGACCAAUGAGAAUGGUCCCUGGCUACUGGGGAGCAGCAUCCGCGGCGGGCAGGCGGCGGCCAAUGGGAAUAGUGCGAGAACACGCCAUCGCUCCGACUGAUGGUGAAAGAUGGCCGCGCGGUUUCGUCCAAGUAUCGGCUGGGCCGUUCUGUGCUCUUCCUACCCCCCUUGUUGAGAAGAUGGAAGUUCUCCGUAACUACGAGGUCCCUGGUACCUUCCCCCUGCUUUUCCCUACUGUUUGCCUCCUGGACUGACUUGCCACCAAUACUAAUCUCCCUUUCUUUCCCACUUUAUCUACUUAGUACUCUAUCUCCGAUGCCCGGAUGACGAGUACACAUCUCGUAUCGGCC